AUGGAUAAUUAUUAUUGGUAUAUAGCGAGAUUUGAAGAUAUUGCUGAUGAAGGAAAAUCCAUAGCUUGGAAAUAUCUACUAAAGUCAGAUAGGAAAAGAACUGAAGAAGAAACUUAUUAUGAUUAUUUUAAUAUAAGCGAAACAAAAGUAUUAAAUAAAAUAUAUAGAUAUUUUUCUAUAUUAGAUCAUUAUAGUAAAGGAUAUAUACCAUUAAAAAUAGUUGAAGAUUUGAUAGAAGAUAUUAUAAAGGAUCCAUUUAGAUAUAUUCUAAAAGUAGAUUCAAGAAGUAUUAAUAAUAUUGCUAUAUUUAAAAAUGCAAUAAAACGAGUAAAAAGUCUUAUAGAGACAUAUAAAAGUAAUAAUCUUAAUAAUUUAAAUCUAUAUGGGGAGUUGAAAACGAGUCAAACUGACAAUACUAGUGAUGUAAUGAUUACUAUUAAGGAAUUUGCAUAUUUUAUAUAUCCAUUCUUUGAAGAUUGGAAUGAUUUUGAUUUUGGAAAGUUAGACAAAUUAACAAAGAAUGAGUGUAUUAAUAAUGAACAAGUCAUACAUUAUCAUACAUUAAAUGAAUCCAAUAUAUAUAUGAGGAAUUAUCUUGGAGCAAAAUUACAUCUUAAUAAUGAUAUGAAUAUAUUUCCAGUUAGUAAUUCACUUAGAAGUUUCUUAGAACCAGGAUUAAAGGAAUAUUUAGUAACAUCUUCCAAACCUCUGAGAAAUUCAGAUAGUUUCAUUAAAAAUCCAAAUAUACAUCCUAUUAGUUUUUGGAGACCAUGUAUUUCUAGUAGAAUUGCAAGUAUUCAAAAUAAUUCAUUAAAAUUAGAUGAUAAAUAA